UGCGCUCCGCGGGGCAGCCAUGCGGGCCGGCGCGCUGCUCGCGCUCUGCUGCCUGGUCUCGAGCACCGCCGCGGGCCCGGCCCCAGAUUUUUGCUCCCAGGACCUUAACUCAGGUGUGAAGCCAGGAUUUCCUGAACCAAUAAAGACCAAUGACCCAGGAGUCCUCAAAGCGGCCAGACGCAGUGUAGAAAAGUUCAACAACUGCACAAAUGACAUGUUCUUGUUCAAGGAGUCCCACAUCAGAAGAGCCCUGGUCCAGAUAGUGAAAGGCCUGAAAUACAUGCUUGAGGUGGAAAUUGGCAGAACAACCUGCAAGAAAAACCAGCACCCUAAUCUGGACAACUGCGACUUCCAAACCAACCACACGCUGAAGCAGACUCUGAGCUGCUACUCUGAAGUCUGGGUCAUCCCCUGGCUGCAGAGGUACGAGGUGCCUGUUCUCCACUGUCACUGACUGCCGCCUCUUCGGCGAGCCUGCAGCUGCGACAAACACAUGAUGUGUGUGCUCCUCCCCUCCAGCUCCGCGCCAUGACCCCCUCAGCCGUUACAGGCCCUCCUGGGCCCUUCCUGAGUCAGCUUCAGGGCCAUCACCGAGUGGCUGGGAUGGCAGAUGAUCACGCCUCAUAGCCAGAUGAAGUAUAUUGUGUUGCAUUUUCUUCUAAAAUUAACUCAUUUACUGCUGCUGUGCACCUAGAUUCAGGGUCUGAGCAAAGGGACCAAGUUGCUGGAUGGGACAUAUUGGAGUCGAGGGCCCUAUCCCCAGUGGUCCCAGGACACCCAUGAGGGCGUAGGGCUCAAUCUCUCAGUCUGAGUAGUUGUCACAACCCUUGGUGGGGAAGCAAGUCUGCAGCUGGACCCUUUGUGGACGAAUAAA